AUGUCUAACAGCAGCUCCAUCAGGCACUUCCUCCUGCUGGCAUUGGCAAACACGCGGCAGCUGCAGCUCCUGCACUUCUGCCUCUUGCUGGGCAUCUCCCUGGCUGCCCUCCUGGGCAACGGCCUCAUCAUCAGCGCCGUAGCCUGCGGCCACCACCUGUACACGCCCAUGUUCUUCUUCCUGCUCAACCUGGCCCUCAGCGACCUGGGCUGCAUAUGCCAAACCCGACCAAGCUCCAUGCCCAGAGCACUAUGGACAAGAGCUGUGCUAUAUCUGGGCAUCACAGCCCAAAUUUUCUUCCCUAUCCUGUUUUUUUCUGGNGAGUACUAUCUCCUGACCAUCAUGUGCUACGACCGCUACGUGUCCAUCUGCAAACCCCUGCACUACGGGACCCUCCUGGGCAGCAGAGCUUGUGCCCACAUGGCAGCAGCUGCCUGGGCCAUUGCCUUUCUCACUGCUCUGCUGCUCACGUGCAAUACAUUUUCCCUGCCCCUGUGCCAUGGCAAUGACCUUGGCCAGUUCUUCUGUGAAAUCCCACAGAUCCUCAAGCUCUCCUGCUCCAAAUCCUACCUCAGGGAACUUGGGUUCAUUCCAGUUAGUGCCUGCUUAUCAUUUACCUGUUUUGUGUUCAUUGUUUUCUCCUAUGUGCAGAUCUUCAGGGCUGUGCUGAGGAUCCCCUCUGAACAGGGACGGCACAAAGCCUUUUCCACCUGCCUUCCUCACCUGGCUGUGGUCUCCCUGUUCCUCAGCACAGUUAGCUUUGCUCACCUGAAGCCUCCCUCCAUGUCCUCCCCAUCCUUGGAUCUGGCCCUGUCAGUUCUGUACUCGGUGGUGCCUCCAGCCCUGAACCCCCUCAUCUACAGCCUGAGGAACCAGGAGCUCAAGGCUGCAGUUUGGAGACUGAUGACUGGAUGUUUACAGAAACAUUAA